UUACAUUUUUGGGCCUUUUAACAUUAAGGUGACACUAUUUUUUAGUUUUGCUUCUACAUUCAAAAAUAUCUAACAUAUGUGGAGGGUAUAAAAAUACAUUUUUAUUAUUUGAACACUGCAUAAUAUAUUGACGUUUAAAUUAGUAAAAAAUUGUUUAAUUUUUUGCUGUGUCUAUCAACUGUUUUUUAAUCAGAUGCUUGUGUUUAUGUUCUGCCCCGAGCAGGAACACAUUACGAACAACGAAUAUCAAAUUUCAGACAAAUUCGUUAGAAUAUACGAAGCUACCGUUAUGUAGGAGCUAUAGUAAAGCGUAGGUCUACGUACAUAAGCUGGUAAAAAUUAUCAAGCAACAAAUAUCAGGAGGUGUUACAAAAUCUCCUUUCCAGGAUGGAGGGUAUAAAAAGGCUGUUGUAAACGUUGCUUAAUGCAUAGAUUGGCAAAAUAAUGAACAAGAAUUUUAAAAUAAAUUUCCUGAAUCGAAUUUCCUCCUAUAUACAAAAAUACGAUCAAAAUUAACACAAAAACUAUUUUUUUACUCCUAUAUGUGAGUUUAUUGAUUUUUCAAUCAUGACAGAAAAUAAGAUACACAUCUAUGGUUAAUGUAUUGACGUUUAAAUAAGGUUGCCACUGUCUGUCAUUCUGAUUAGAAUGUAGUGCUGCCAAUUUUGUUGUUUAGUGACAUGCAAAUAAUAUCCGAUUAUUUUAAUACGACGUCAUAGAUUUGUUUACAAUCAAUGUUGAAUUUUUGUUUGUUAAAUUAAGAGAGUGAUUAAAAAUACUCUAAUCGCGAAUUGGAAGUUUUAGAAUAGAAAAAUAAUAGAAUAGUUAAGUUUAUUAAAAAAAAUGUUUAGCUCAAGCCUUCGGUUUGUACAAUUUAGUACCAAAGUAGAUUCGUGUUUGUUUACAUUUGUGAAAUUACGUAAUAUUAGAUUGACUACAGCUGCGGGUAGAUUAAGUAGUGUAUGUGACCUCCGACGAAGACAUCACCAGCAUUUAUCCCUGCGCUUCAAUCAUACAAUGUCAAGUUUGCAAGAGUUCCGUAUGGCUGACUAUGACAUCAUAGGCUUCGAUUUGGACGGUACCUUGCUUAGAUAUAAUCUCAGUAAUAUGGUGCCCCUUGUAUACGAGUUGUUGGUGAAAUAUUUAGUGGAGGAACGAAGCUACCCACGUGAAUUAUUGCAAAAACAAUUUAACAGAGAUUUUAUACAAAAAGGCUUAAUAGUUGACACUGAACGGGGUAAUUUAUUAAAAUUAAGUGAGGACGGAAAGAUAUUGAAAGCUGCACAUGGUACACGAUCUCUCCAAGAGUCGGAAAUAGAAGCGGUAUAUGGAAAGGCAAGAAUUUGGAGUAUAGCCAAAGAGUACAUUGACGAUCCGUUAUCGGCGUGGAAUGGUCCUGUUUCGGAAAAACUCAGAAGUUUAUUGGAUUAUUUUGAUAUUGCAGCGUCUUUGGUGUUUGGUCAUGCUGUUGACACUAUUGACGAACUAUCAGAAAAAAAUGAGAACCCUCUAGAAAAGAAUAACUAUGAAAUAUGGCCUGAUUUAUUAUCAGGGCUAAUAAAAAUCUAUACGAGGGAAAAUUUUGCAAACAGAGAAAGUCCUUAUUUUGAAGCUUUAAAAAAUGAACCAGAAAAAUACCUCGUGAAAACAGAUAAUAAAGUGCUUGAUUUGUUGCGUGAACUAAAAUCUUCAGGAAAGGCUUUGUAUUUACUAACUGGCUCAAAUAUUGAUUUUGCCAAUUUAACGGCUUCCUAUGCCUUGGGUGCUGAUUGGAAAAAACUGUUUAAUGUAGUCGUUUCUUUUGGCAAGAAACCAGGAUUCUUUUAUAUGCAACGUCAAUUUUUACAAGUAAAGAAUUUAACAGAAGUAGAGGGCAGCGAGUUGUCGCUGGAAGAUGCGCUUGCCACAAAUGGAUCUUGUUAUAGUCAGGGAAAUUGGCAGCAAUUAAAAACAAGUCUAAGUAAAAAUGUUGUUGGAAAAGAAGAUAACGAAACUCGCUGCCUGUACGUCGGUGAUAAUUUAAUACAAGACGUAUAUACACCAUUUACCAAAGCAUCUAUGGAUACAAUAGCCUUGAGUGAAGAACUGUUAGAAAAUGACAAUAACUAUGAAUAUAAAAAUAUUGUACAUUCCACAAAAUGGGAUUCAUAUUUUAGCAUAAAUGGAGCACCGACUUUGUGGUCAAAAAAUAUGGAAAAAUAUUCUCGAUUGUGUGUUUCUAGCAUGGAUGUUAUAGCUGCCGUACCUGUUACAGAUAAGAUACUAUGCGCAAAUUCUCAAGGUUUCUAUACAACAGUUUGCAAUGAUCUAUAAAAACGAUAAAAUUGACUGCAAAUAAGAUGACUAUGUUAGAAUUAUUAACACACAAUUAGUCAAAGUUGUUUUCGUACAACAAAUAAUAUGUUUGUAUAUAAUAUAAUACAUACAAAAAAUAUUUGUAAGCUAUUUUGUUUAGAUAAAUAACAAUUUUCAUUAAAACUAAUAAAAAAUGAUUCUGUACGUUAACACUAUUUGUUGUUGCAAAUUCGUACAUUUAGCAAAAAUAGUAGUAGUAAAUGUGUCAUUGAUGUACCUUUAAAUAAAUGCUAUAAAGAUUUUACUAAAUAUAAAUUAGCUUGAUGUAAUUUAUUAGCCAAUUUAUUGUCAAAUAUUUUCACUUAAAUGAGUACAAUUAACUAAUUAAUUAACAAUUAAUUUACUAGUUGCUAUUAAAUGUAAAAGAAUUUGAUUCAGAAUAUUCCUCAUACUCCUCUGGGAUUUUUUGUAAACGUGUAUUAAAAAGUACUUUCAAUUGUCCCAGUUUUAACGGUUUUUCUAAUAUUUAAUUAAAUUAUAAUUUAAGAUAAUAUGUAAAAUAAUGUUUACUAAUAGAUAAUUGUGUUACCAAAAAUUAUGUCAAUAAUUUUUUUAUUUUAGAUUCCAAUUACAAAUCAAUAUAGAACAAUCUUGUUAAAAUAUAAUACUUUUCAAAUAGUCUCAAUCGCACUUCAUUCACGGAAUGUAAUAGUUACGUAAAAUAUCAGUAAAUAAAAUUGUAAUAAACAAUCUUAAAUGCAUUUCUUUGUAAAUAUUAUUAUGGAAUAGUUCAUCGUCACACUUGAGUGAAAUAUUUGUUUUGUAUCAGAUAACACGGCAAGUGUUUUUAAUAGAAUAUUUAAAAACAUUUGUCCAAACAGAAUAAACAUAAUAAACAAUAAACUGCUUUUUCAAUUCAAAAA